AUGUUUUCUAGUCGUCUUCAUCGUCAACCAUUAUCAGCUAUGAAUAAUAGUUUUACAUCAUUUUCAUCUGAUAAUUCAUAUAUGCCGAAUAGAAGACAAUCAUCACCUUUUCCUUUACGUCAGUUAACUGUACGAGAUCUUCAUGAUAUCAAUGAAACAGAUUUAAAUAAUCAAUCAAUAUCUAAAAUUCCAAGACCAAUUCUUAGUAUACCACGUCCAUCAAUACGUAUGCCAACAGAUGAUUUAUUAUGGUGGACACCUGAUGAAACAUCUUCAUAUAGAGAAGAAUUUCCAGCAUCGAGAAGAUAUCAUCCUGAACGACCAUUCUAUCAAAUAACAGCACCAUCAACAAAUUUACCUUCACCACCAAUUCAAUAUCAAAUUGUACCUAUUUCAUAUCAAAGAUCUUUACCAAAUCGUAUUCUUCAUCGAAUAAAACAUAAAAAAUAUUUUAAAGAAAAAACACCAGGUUUAUGUACAACUUUAUGUUCUGGUGGUCUUAGUACAUGUGCAGCACUUGUCUAUUUAUGUAUUAUACUUGCUUUACCAGUUACAAAACUUGUUUUGGGUAUACUUUAUAUUGGACAAUGUCCUGUAAAUAAAAAUAUUCCAUUAUUUAUGAUUGUUUCUGGUGCGUGUGGUUUAGGUAUUAUACUUUUUCUUCUUCUCUCAUCAACUUGUACAUUUUAUCGAUCAUCGACAAUAGCAAGAAAAAUAACUCAUAAAUUUAUAAUAUGUACAAUUGCAUUAUCACGUGGUAUGCAAGGUGCUCUAGCUAUUUUUCUUUUUGUCUGGUUUUUUAUUGGUAAUGUUUGGGUAUUUGGUGCUCGGUCACGUGUUCGAACAGAUGCACCUAAUGAUAUUAAUAAUUAUUGUCAACCAGGUUUAUAUUGGUUUGCUUUUUAUGUUCUUAUUUUUACUUAUGUUUUCGCUACUUUUAUGUGUUUUAUCAAAUUUUGUGGUAAUUUCUUUUGUUGCGGUGCAUGUGAUAUGUGGAAAAGAGCUUUUUCAUAA